UGUGUAGGAGAGCUGGCUCUUCUUGUGGAAGGCCUAGGUGUUGGAGUAGAUACGUCGAUUGAGGAGUACAUUAUUGGUCCUAAUCAAAUCAUUGAUGACCAGGAACAUAUUGCUGAUAAGGAACAAGUCACACUCUAUGGUCCUGAAGAGGGUCUCUCAUGGGUUGCACGUCCUGUGAAGGGCCAAAGUGUCCUCGGAAGCGCCCUUGGUGCAAUUUCUCGCCAUGGUAGCAGCUUGGAGAAACAGGGCAGCAUUCCUCUCAUGGAUCCUCUGGUUACACUUUUUGGUAGCGUCCAUGAAAAGCUGCCUGGUCCUGAGAUGGGAAGCAUGAGAAGCGCUCUAUUUCCCAAUUUUGGCAGUAUGUUUAGUGUUACUGGGCCUAAAACUGAGCAGUGGGAUGAGGAGACUGGCCCAAGAGAGGGUGAUGACUAUGUUUCUGAUGCAGCAGGAGGGGAUUCUGAUGACAACAUGCAUACUCCGCUGCUCUCUCGCCAGACAACAAGCAUGGAAGGGAAAGACAUUGCGCCUCCACAUGCUGCUCAUGGAAGUGUAGGGAGCAUGAGGAGGAAUAGUAGCCUUAUGCAGGGUGGGAGUGAGGCUCUGAGUAGUAUGGGUAUUGGUGGUGGCUGGCAACUGGCAUGGAAAUGGACGGAGCGUGAGGGAGCAGAUGAGAGGAAGGAAGGAGGAUUUAAGAGAAUCUAUCUGCACCAAGAGGGUGUGCCUGGUUCAAGGAGGGGUUCUGUUCUUUCACUCCCAGGUCAAGAAGUUUCAGAAGAUACUGAAUUUAUUCAGGCUGCUGCUUUGGUAAGCCAACCUGCUUUGUAUUCUAAGGACCUUAUGGAUCAGCAUCCUAUUGGGCCAGCAAUGUUUCAUCCAUCGGAAACAGUUACGAAAGGAUCUCUCUUGGCAGUUCUUCUAGAACCUGGUGUCAGGCAAGCAUUGAUUGUAGGUAUUGGGAUCCAAGUUCUACAGCAGUUCUCAGGCAUAAACGGUGUUCUGUAUUACACCCCCCAGAUUCUUGAACAAGCAGGUGUCGAAGUGCUCCUCAAAAACUUUGGACUUGGCUCUGAUUCGUCGUCUAUCCUCAUCAGCUCUCUUACUACCCUGCUGAUGCUUCCUUCAAUCGGCCUUGCUAUGAGAUUAAUGGAUAUAUCUGGGAGAAGGUUUCUACUUCUCUCCACCAUCCCUAUCCUGAUUUGCUCGCUCCUCGUCCUGAUCAUAGCUAAUCUGCUGGAACUUGGGAUGGUACUUCAUGCCGUUCUCUCUACAAUUAGCGUCAUCACGUAUUUCUGCUGCUUUGUCAUGGGAUUUGGCCCAAUUCCCAACAUUCUUUGCUCGGAGAUUUUCCCCACCAGGGUCCGCGGUGUCUGCAUUGCUAUCUGUGCUCUCGUUUUCUGGAUCGGGGACAUCAUAGUGACAUACUCCCUGCCUGUGAUGCUCGACAGCAUCGGCCUCGCUGGUCUCUUUGGGAUUUACACGGUCGUUUGUGUUUUCGCAUUCAUCUUUGUCUUCCUCAAGGUUCCUGAGACUAAGGGAAUGCCCCUUGAGGUUAUCACAGAGUUCUUUGCAGUUGGUGCAAAGCAGAAGCAGCAAGCAAAGCAAUUGUCCGCUACCAAUUGAUGAGAAGAAACCAUAUUGUUGUCCAAUAGAGUUCUUGGAGUUUUUCUUUUAGCUUUAUAUUUUGAGAUCUGUUCUUAUUAUUAUCAUAUUAUGAUGAUUGAUAUUUCGUUCUGCUGUAAUGUUUUAAUGUGGAGAUGCUAUUGCGUUUUAAGUUAACAGCUGAUGUUGAUGUUGGGACAUUGAGAAAAUGCUUUUUGAGGAGCAGAUAUCA